CCCACUCACUCCUCUACAUCUCUCCCCCACAAGCGCUAAGCUGGUAAGCAGGCAAAACUACUCGACCUCGAAGGCGGCCAGAGGAAAGAUUUCCCUCCCACAAGGCACGCGCAUCGAGUCUGCAGGGCACGGGCGAAGGAGCAGCACCACCGACCAUGCUGCGGGCACUUUCCAAGCGCCGCGGAGUCUGCUCACUGUGCCCUGGGGGGGUCACCGGCUGCUGCACCAUCUUCGUCAUCGUCAUUCCUGGGCCUCUCGAGGUGGCUCAGACGAGCAGCACGAAGAGUGGCAGGGCGAGUGGACAAUAUACCACAGCGGUCAUUUCAAUUUGAGCUCACGCGAGAUCAUCAUCUCGCGUAUUGUUUUUUUUUUUGUUUAAGUGGGCAACUAAUCAUUGUUAUAACAUUAGUGUAGUUUUUUGUUUAAUGUGGUUGGUACAUUUUUAAGAGACGCAAUCAAUUGUAAUUAAGGGGAAAGGCUCAUAUGACACGGUAUAAAAGGGAAGGCAAGCAAGAGCAACAAAGAACGUCGAACUCUCGAGGUCUGUGAGCCGGUCUUGACGUGCCGCCCAAGUUCUUCGGAGAGUUGCUGUCCACGCGGUGUUUUGUGUUUUAACGCGCCGAGCGUGAGAUCGCCGCCGUGAGCAUGCCGGCACCCGCACGCCUUUGCUGCCUCCUUGCCUCUCUAUGCGUCUGCUGCCUCGUGGCCUCUUCUCCCAACUCGGACAACGACGCGGCCCUCCAGGACAUCAACAUGGGCAUCAUCUUACCCAACUCCAACGACGCCUACGACUUCGCGUGGCCUUGGACCGGUCCUGCCAUAGAUCUGGCCAUGGAGAGAAUCAACCAAGAUGUCCACCUCUUACCCGGCUACCGGCUGAGGUAUGACCGGGGCAACUCCGAGGACCCGGUGAGCGGCCUCUGUUCGGUGUCCGUGGCUCAGCUGACCGCGGUGGACUUCAAGCUGAGCUCCAAGCCGCCAGACGCGUUCGUGGGACCCGGUUGUGUCUACACGUCGGCGCCCGUGGCUCGCUUCAGCACGCACUGGAAGAUGCCCAUGAUCACAGGAGGAGCGCCAGCGAUGGGCUUUCAGAAGGACCAGGAGUACGCGCUGGUCACCCGCACGGGACCUUCUUACAACAAGCUGGGGGAGUUCGCGAUGCACAUGCACAGGCACUUCAACUGGACGCACCGCGCCGUGUUGAUCUACGAAGACGAGAAUGUGGACGACCGGACCAACUACUUCAUCACCGAGGGCAUCUACACGGUGCUCAAAGAUCACCUGCCAUUCUUGGAACACGAGGUCUUCACCGACCGCAUCCUGCUUGACGAGGACAUCGAGACCAUCAUCGGGUUCAUCAAGAACGCUGGCCGCGUGAUCUACUUCUCCUGCAGGGCGGACGACUUCCGGCGCCUGAUGAUCCAUGCGCUCUACGUGGGCCUCUCCCUCGACGACUACGCCUUCAUCUACGUGGACCUCUAUGGCGAGAGCCUGGUGGGGGCCCAGGGCAUGCCACGACCCCCCUGGCACCGCGGCGACGCCAACGACCCCGUCGCCAAAAAGGCCUACCAGUCCGUUCUAAUCAUCACCUACAAGCAACCAGAGGGCGCUGAGUACAGGACAUUCAUCGAGGAGCUGAAGAGGCGAGCACCGGAGCAGUAUAACUUCACAGCUAGCGACUCGCUGAAAAACAUCAUUCCUGCUGGCUUCUACGAUGGGAUUCUGCUCUACGCGUUGGCUCUUAAUGACACCCUCACCGCAGGAAGGCUGGUGAAAGACGGAGUGGUGCUCAAGCGAUACAUGUGGAACCGAACAUUUCAAGGUGUCAUAGGAAGAGUCACAAUCGAUGCCAAUGGAGACAGGGAAGUUGAUUUCUCCAUCUGGGACAUGACGGACCCAGAGGCGGGCCAGUUCAAGAUCGUCUACAACUACGAUGGCAGCAGGCAGGAGAUGGUGCCCAUGCCUGGCGUCCUCAUCCAUUGGCCCGGGGGCUACGUCCCCUCCGACUUGCUGCCCGACAACAAAGUCAUAACCAUGGUGCAGCAGCUGCUGAUUGUGGUGAGCCUCCUGGUGCUGGUGGUGCUUGCGACAUUCUUCCUGAUUUACCGGAAGCUGAAGGUGGAGAAGGAGCUGGCGAGCAUGCUGUGGCGGCUUCAGUGGGAGGACAUCCACUUCAGCAAGCUCGAGAAGAGCAGGCGCACGGCCGGCAGUCGACUCACGCUCUCCAUGCAUGGCUCCAGCUACAACUCCUUCAUGACCCUGCAGGGAAAGAAACAAUUCUUUGUACAGACAGCAUAUUACAAGGGCAAUAUUGUGGCAAUUAAGCGGGUGCCAAAGAAACGCAUCGAGCUAACCCGCCAGGUCCUGUUUGAGAUGAAGCACAUGAGGGACGUGCAAAACGACCACCUGACCAGGUUCGUGGGAGCCUGCAUCGACCCACCCAACAUCUGCAUCGUCACCGAGUACUGUCCCCGAGGCAGCCUGAAGGAUAUUUUGGAAAACGAAAGCAUAAACCUGGAUUGGAUGUUUCGUUUCUCACUCAUCAACGACAUCGUCAAGGGCAUGGCCUACCUCCACGCCAGCGUCAUCGGUUCGCACGGCGCGCUCAAGUCAUCCAACUGCGUGGUGGACAGUCGCUUUGUCCUCAAGAUCACCGACUAUGGCCUGGCCACCCUCCGCUCUGACCCAGAGGCGGCGGAGGGCACCAUGCUCUUCGCAAAGGUCCUGUGGACUGCCCCUGAGCUGCUAAGGAUGGAAGUGGUCCCUCCCCAGGGCUCCCAGAAGGGUGACGUCUACAGCUUCGGGAUCAUCCUGCAGGAGGUCGCGUUCCGCUGCGGCCCCUUCUACAUCGAAAACAUGGACCUAAGUCCCAAAGAGAUCGUUCAGAAGGUGAAGAACGGGCAGCGGCCCCACUUCCGGCCGAGCACAGACACGAGCCGCCACGUGGAGGAGCUGGGCACGCUCAUGCGGCGCUGCUGGGCCGAGGAGCCCUCCGAGAGGCCAGACUUUGGCUACGUCAAGAUCCUGCUGAGGAAGUUUAACAAAGAGCGCAGCAGCAACAUAUUGGACAACCUGCUGUCCAGGAUGGAGCAGUACGCCAACCUGGAAGGGCUCGUGGAGGAACGGACACAGGCCUUGGAGAAAAACGCAAGGCCGAAGGCCCUGCUCUACCAGAUCCUGCCCCAUCCCGUCGCCGAGCAGCUGAAGCGCGGGGAGAUGGUUGCGGGCCGAGGCCUUCGACAGCCACAGAUCCUAAACCCACUGGCAGCCAUCGUUGCCAUAAUUGUGUCGAGGAGGCAGAUUACCACCUGCAUCAGACGCGCCGCCGACAAGACAUCCGCCCAGGGCAUGGGGCUGGACAGCGAGCAAUGA